AUGUCCAUAACACUGUGGAUUAUCGCUAUCAUAAUCGUGUACACAGCAAGCCACGACAUAGAGAAAUGUGAAAAAAUAAAAAUAGGUUCCGAAUUCUACAAGAGACAAUUAGUCGCUACUAUCGAUGGUUACCCUACAGGAUUAGUUAUCGACCCUAGAACUGAAAACAUGUUCUUCCUACUCCACAAAAGGAACUACACAAGAGGCAUACAUAUACUGAGAUAUGGUGCUUUAGGUGUUCAAGAGAUUCCUAUUUCUGACGAUUUAUCAGGCCAAUGUGUUGGUAUCGAUGUGUCUAAUAAUAUCAUCUAUAUCGGAACUAAUCAAGGCAUAACAACGUAUAACAAGGAUAAGAAUCAAAUCACAUCUGAGAGACCAAUCGGUGACGACGAUGUUCGUAAUAUCUUUUUUGAUAAACGUGACAAUUUGAUGUACAUAACAACGGGUCCGCAGCAUGAAAUAUUCAAGUUCAUAAAUGGUUCCGCUGCUGUCAAAAGAUAUGAUAAAGUACCGAGGGCUUAUAAUUUCAUUUUAGAUGCUAAAGGUAACGCUUUCUACGAAUACGUCGAUGGUAGAUUGUAUUUCUUUUCAGUAGAUCUUUUUGAACCAAUUCAAUAUAAAGGUUUUACAAGAGAAUUGAAAUAUAUUGUCCAAUUGAAUAAUUUUGACGAAGCUAUUCUUGCUGUGAAGGGAUCUCUUUAUAAAUUAACAACGAGAAGUAUUUUCCCGGAGAAGAUUGCACAAUUGGGUAUGAAAAUUACGGCUCUUUUCUUUGAUGCUAGAAAUAAUAUUAUUAUCGGUACGAAAGGUAAGAUUUAUAGAUACAAGCCGGUUGAUAAGAACGAUCCUUGCCCCCCUGAUGACUAUUUCCUGUCUAGUAUUUAA